UCUAGGCCCAUUUUAGACACAGGUAACCUGGUGACUAUAAGAUAAAAAAAUAGAGAAUCUUCGAGCGUUGUCGUCGUCGAUUAACAAAAUAAAAAGGCUUGAUUUGUAAGCGAAGUUUGUUAUGGAGAGUGAAGUUGGAUGGUAUAUAUUAGCUGAAGAUCAGCAAAAUUUGGGACCAUAUGCUGCUUCUGAAUUAAGAGAGCAUUUUUCUAGUGGAUAUAUUACAGAGAGCACACUUGUAUGGGCCGAAGGACAGAGCGAGUGGCAGCCGCUGUCUGCUGUUCCUGGGUUAAUCACUGACAUUUCUGAACAGGUGCCUACCUCAACAGUUGAUGAUGAUGAGUUUGAAAGGUGGCAAAAUGAGGUGAAAAAAGCAGAGGCAGAAGUUGAGGCAGAGGCUGGGGUUGUAAACCAUGAGCUUGCUUCUGAUGAAGGGAGACCUUCAACUCCCCCAGAUGGCGAGGAGGAGUUCACUGAUGAUGAUGGGACUGUCUACAAGUGGGACAAGAAGCUUAGGGCUUGGGUUCCUCAGGAUAUGGCUGCUGCAAGUGAGCCUUUUGGUGUUGAGAUUAUGACAUAUCAGCAGGAAGAGGAGCUUUUUCCUACAAUUGGGGCUGAUGGUGUUCCUUUGAAAGAUGGUAACGACACUUCUGUAAAAGUGAAUGUAGCUGCUUCUGCAGAAAAAGAUGCACUUAAUACAAGUGAAGCAUUGGAAGCAAAUGGGAAGAGGAAGCUGCCUGAGCAACCUGCUGAGAAGAAGGUAGCCAACCAACCUCCUGACAGCUGGUUUGAGUUAAAAGUUAACACACACGUGUAUGUUACUGGAUUGCCAGAUGAUGUCACCUUUGACGAGGUUGUGGAAGUAUUCUCCAAGUGUGGGAUCAUAAAGGAGGAUCCUGAAACAAAGAAACCUCGUGUGAAGAUCUAUGUUGACAAGGAAACUGGAAGGAAAAAGGGUGAUGCACUCGUUUCGUAUAUGAAGGAACCUUCAGUUGCUUUGGCUUUGCAAAUUCUUGACGGGUCUUCUCUACGGCCUGGUGACAAGCUUAAUAUGUCAGUUACACCUGCUAAAUUUGAGCAGAAAGGGGAGAAAUUCAUAGCAAAACAAGUAGACAAGAGAAAGAAGAAGAAACUUGAGAAGGUUGAAAGCAAGAUGCUUGGUUGGGGUGGCCGUGAUGAUUCAAAGUUGUUGAUUCCAACCACCGUCGUUCUCAAAUAUAUGUUCACUUUAGACGAAAUGAGGGCUGAUGAGAACCUGAAGACCGAAUUAGCAGCGGAUGUUCAAGAGGAAUGUGCAAAGCUUGGCCUCAUUGAAUCAGUGAAGGUGUGCGAGAAUCAUCCUCAAGGGGUUGUCUUGGUAAAGUUCAAGGACAAAGCUGAUGCACGGAAAUGCAUAGAGCGGAUGAAUUCAAGAUGGUUUGGAGGUAGGCAAAUACAAGCUAGUGAGGAUGAUGGGAGAAUCAAGCAUGCUGAGGUUCGGGAUACGCAAUAUGAUGAUGAGCGGCUUCACAGAUAUGCAGAAGAACUUGAGGGAUGACUGGCUCAACUAUUUUAGGGUAUUGCAUAUACAUUCUCUGAGUAGAAACAAGUUUUGUACUAUCAAUGCACAUAAAUGAUCCUACACAAAUUGUUUUCCUUACGUAUGAUAUCAAAGAAGUCUAAUUGCAAAGAAA